AUGGGAAAAUAUGAAUUGGUGAAGAUGUGGAUGGCUCAAGGUUACCUCAAGGAGACUUCAGGUGGAGAUAUGGAGCUUGUAGGAGAGCAGUACUUUCAAGUCUUAGCAGCGCGCUCUUUCUUCCAAGAUUUUAAGAUGGACGAGUUUGAAGGAAUGAAAUUCAAGAUGCAUGAUAUAGUGCAUGAUUUUGCCCAAUAUAUGACAAAAAAUGAAUGUCUAACAGUGGAUGUCAAUGACCUUCGAGAAGCAACAGUGGGGACUUCAAUUGAAAGGGUUCGUCAUUUAAGCAUGAUGCUGUCUGAUGAGACCUCUUUUCCCGAGUCCAUUCACAAAGCGAAAGGUCUUCGCAGCCUCUUGAUCGACACUAGAGACCCUUCGCUUGGAGCUGCACUGCCUGAUUUGUUCAAGCGGUUGACAUGCAUCAAGUCAUUGAAUUUGUCAAGGUCUUCAAUCAAAGAAAUACCAAACGAGGUAGGGAAAUUGAUACGUUUGAGACACCUCAAUCUGUCAUGUGGAGAGUUGAAGUCCCUGCCAGAAACCAUUUGUGAUUUAUGCAAUCUGCAAUCCCUAGACGUUACUUGGUGUCGUUCUCUCAAGGAAUUGCCCAAGGCGAUUGGAAAACUUAUCAAAUUGAGGCAUCUCCAGAUUUAUGGUUCACGUGUGGCCUUCAUACCAAAGGGAAUAGAGAGGAUAACAUGUCUUCGAACAUUGGAUAAGUUUCCUGUGUGUGGUGAUGGUGAGAAUGAAAGUAAAGCAGCUAAUCUAAGAGGAUUAAAAAACUUAAAUCACAUUGGAGGGAGUCUUGAGAUACAGAAUCUAGGAGGAGGUAAAGAAGAUGCGAGGGACGCUGCAGAAGCACAACUCAAGAAUAAGAAGCGCCUGCUUCGUUUGCGAUUGGAUUUCUACUACAACCGGGAGAACAACAUUUUAAUUGAAGCUUUGCAGCCUCCGUCAGACUUGGAAAAUCUAACCAUACGGGGUUACGGAGGGUUGGAUUUGCCACAUUGGAUGAUGACAUUAACCAGAUUACAGGAGCUUGCACUCUUUAACUGUACAAACGUGGAGGUCUUCCCUCCGUUGGGAAGAUUGCCCAACCUUGAAAGACUAAAGUUGGGCUGGUUGAAGCUGACACGGUUGGGUGCUGGAUUUUUAGGUAUAGAAAAAGAUGAGAAUGCCAGCAUUAAUGAAGGAGAAAUUGCAAGGGUCACUGCUUUCCCCAAAUUAAAAAAACUUUGGAUUUUGAAUCUCGAAGAAGUAGAAGAGUGGGAUGGAAUUGAAAGGAGGAGGGUGGGAGAAGAAGAUGCCACCACAACUUCAAUAAUAUCCAUUAUGCCACAACUUCGAGAAUUGGAAAUUAUCAAGUGCCCUUUGUUGAGAGCUCUACCAGACUAUGUUUUGGCAGCGCCUCUACAGGAAUUGGACAUAGCUGGUUGCCCCAUUCUAAGGAAUCGUUACGGGAAGGGGGAGAUGGGUGAAGAUUGGCAAAAGAUUUCUCACAUCCCUAUGAUUUUUUUUAAUGAUAUAUAG